AAGGAUGCUUGGUUCCUUCACCGAGCUAGAGAGGGGGGGAGAAAAAGAGAGAAAGAGGAACCGAGUCUACAAGCGUUUAAAAACAAAACCAGAGGAGAUUUUACCUGUCGCGCUUUGGAUUGUGUUUUAGCUCGACGUUAAACGGUGCGUCCUGUUGGAAUACCUCAGAGGAAUAUGCUGUGGUGGACAGAGACAGACUGGAUAUGGAUAAUGGCCCGAACAUAUUGAAUAGCUUCGUCAGAGGAGGAGGAGGAGGAGGAGGAGGAGGGAGCGCUGUAGCUUCAGGAAACACGUUUCAGAGAGAAUAAAGGCAGCGAGAAACAAAAUAUUGCCCCAAAACAAACACACGGACUGGUGUUUAUAACAUCUCACACUUCAGCUAUAAGGCUUUCGGAGGGAUUCGUCAAUGGCGUGUGGGGUUUCCGCCCUCGGUGCUAAUAAAACAACCGAGGUCGAGUCUCGGUAGCUCUGUGUGUGUGUGUCUCUCUAUCUGUGUGUGUGUGUCUCUCUAUCUGUGUGUGUGUGUCUCUCUAUCUGUGUGUGUGUGUCUCUCUAUCUGUGUGUGUGUGUGUGUCUCUCUCUCUCUCUGUCUGUGUGUCUCUCUCUCUCUCUGUCUGUGUGUCUCUCUCUCUCUGUCUGUGUGUGUCUCUCUCUCUGUCUCUCUCUGUGUGUGUGUCUCUCCACCUCUCUCUCUGUCUCUCUCUCUCUCUGUGUCUCUCUGUGUGUCUCUCCACCUCUCUCUCUCUCCUCUCCUCUCUCUCCUCUCCUCUCCUCCUCUUUGGCAAAGUAAAAAGCCUGUGAAUAUUUUUACGUGUGAACUGAACGUCCAGCUCGACAUGGAUUUUAACGGCAGCGGCCUGGGCAACGAGCUGCACAAUAACCAGACGUAUCAGUGUGAGGAGAGCAAGCCGUUACUGGAGCCGGAGGGUAAUAAUAAUAACAGUAAGGUGGGCGCGGGGACGUGCCGCCGGAGCGCGCUUCACUGCAGCGGUGGUGGAGGUGUUGGUGUUGGUGGUGGUGGUGGUAUGCGCUAUAAACUCCUGCACGAGGGGGACAUCCAGGUGUGCGCUGUGAAACACCCGCGCACUUUCCUCAGCAAAAUCCUCACCUCCAAGUUCCUGCGGCGAUGGGAACCGCACCACCUCACUCUGACUGACAGCAGCAUCGUCUCUGCCACGCCCACAGGUUACAUGGAGGCGGCUCUGUCCUACAGCACUAUAGAGGACCUGCAGCUGUUGUCUUGGGACAAUGCCCCCAAAUACUGUGUCCAGCUCAGCAUCCCCGGAGGGACCGUCCUCCUGCAGGCUGCCAACAGCUAUCUACGGGACCAGUGGUUUCACUCUCUACAAUGGAAGAAAAAGAUUUACAAGUACCGCAAGGUGCUGAACAAUCCUAGCCGCUGGGACGUCGUCCUGAAGGAGAUCCGAGCUCUGGUGGACAUGGCGCUUACCUCUCCACUGCAGGACGAAUCUAUCCAUCAAGCCCCGCUUCAUAUCAUCUCCACCCUUCUCGCUGAGAACACCAACCUCAGUGCCCAGGACCAUGAGAGCAUCAUUGUGGCAAUUGCUCCCCUGCUGGAAAAUAACCACCCUCCCCCUGACCUGUGUGAAUUCUUCUGCAAGCACUGUCGCGAACGUCCACGCUCCAUGGUGGUCAUUGAAGUGUUCACUCCAGUGGUCCAAAGAAUUCUCAAACACAACAUGGACUUUGGGAAGUGUCCCAGACUGCGUCUCUUUACUCAGGAGUAUAUUCUGGCUCUGAAUGAACUUAACGCAGGCAUGGAGGUGGUCAAGAAGUUUAUUCACAGCAUGCAUGGCCCCACUGGACAGUGUCCUCACCCUCGGGUUCUCCCCAACCUGGUGGCAGUGUGCCUAGCUGCUAUUUACUCUUGCUAUGAGGAGUUUAUUAACAGUCGUGAUAACUCUCCUAGUCUAAAGGAGAUAAGGAACGGUUGCCAACAACAGACCGAGCGGAAGCCCCCGAUGCCCCUACGGUUGAUGCGCCCCGAUCCUCCGACAGCCCUUUCACCACCUCCACCCUCCAUCGUCAACUCCAGCGAGAUCCUGGUGGAACUGGAGCGCAACAACAACACUGCCAACACUGCGCUGCGUAAGGCGCCCGCAGGGGGUGACAGUGAACCCAGCCUUAUCGAGUGCUUGCUGGUGAGCCCAGCCGUCAGCGCUCUGUCCAUUCAGCUCCCAGCCCAGGCUGACCGAGUGCUGGCCUGCUUUGCACUCAUCCUGAAGAUGCUCUCAGACUAUGACGACUGGAGACCAGCGCUUGCUAGCUUGCUGCAGCCCAUCCCAUUCCCUAAAGAGGCCCUUGCUCAUGCCAAAUUUACAAAAGAGCUGAAAUAUGUUAUUCAGAGGUUUGCCGAGGACCCCAGACAGGAGGUGCACUCCUGUUUACUCAGCGUGCGUUCUGGAAAAGACGGCUGGUUUCAGCUCUACAGUCCAGGAGGUGUAGCCUGUGAUGAUGACGGAGAGCUGUUUGCUAGCAUGGUUCACAUCCUCAUGGGUUCUUGCUACAAGACGAAGAAAUUCCUUCUUUCUCUGGCAGAAAACAAACUGGGACCCUGCAUGUUGCUGGCACUGCGAGGGAACCAGACCAUGGUGGAGAUCCUGUGCCUGAUGCUGGAAUAUAACAUUAUAGAGAAUAAGGACACUCAGCUACAGAUCAUCUCUACCCUGGAGAGCACGCAGGUCGGCCUGCGCAUGUACGAGCAGCUGUGUGACAGGCAGAGAGAGCUUAAAGAGCUGCAAAGAAAAGGAGGGCCCACUCGACUCACUCUUCCAUCCAAGUCCACGGACGCUGAUCUCGCCCGCCUGCUGAGCUCUGGCUCCUUUGGGAACCUGGAAAACUUGAGUCUGGCCUUCACCAACGUCACCAGUGCCUGCGCCGAGCAGCUCAUCAAGUUGCCCUCCCUCAAACAGCUCAACCUGUGGUCCACUCAGUUUGGAGACGCUGGGCUGCGACUGCUUUCAGAGCACCUGGCCUGCCUGCAGGUCCUCAACCUGUGUGAGACACCAGUCACUGAUGCUGGUCUGCUAGCCCUCAGCUCGAUGAAGAGCCUGUGCAGUCUGAAUAUGAACAGCACUAAACUCACCGCAGACACCUACGAGGACCUAAAGGCCAAGCUCCCCAACCUGAAGGAGGUGGAUGUCCGCUACACAGAGGCCUGGUAAACCUAAUCAGCAUCCCCACCCCCUCUUCCCCCCGAUUCUCAAGGAAGCUCUGGCAUCAUGGAAGCGUAAGGAUUUGCUGACAUCAUCAAGACACCAAGCCUUUAACAUCAUCGCAGUCACUAACGUGCAGACGAGGACUGUCUUUAUAGGAACAUUAUUCAACACCAAGGACCUUCUGUUGACAUGAGCCCAGCAUUUGUGCAGUUCACCGUCAUCAAAACGCAGAAAGAACUUUCUUUGUAGCCACAUUAAAAGCGCAAGAAUAUUUAUAGUGACAUCAUUAAAUGGAAAGGAGGCCCACUCUAUUUAUAUCACAUAUGAAGACUUUAGGUCUUUCUCUCUUUUUCGACGGUCUUUCCCGAUUUCGACAGUCCACCCAAUCAGACCCAAUCACCCAAUCAGAUUGGUCAGAUUUUUGAUUGGCCACCCAAUCAGCUGCUUCUCUUUAAAAGUGUGUCUGACCAAAACACCACCCGUUUUCUUUUCCCCAGAGCAGAGACUUAAAAGCUCAGAAGUCGACUCUCCUGCCUUUGCCCCUUUCUCUUUAUUUCUCUCCCACUUUCACCAUAGGGAGACAUUUCCCCGGAGGUGAACCCUGACUGGCGAGAGCCACAUUCCAGUAUAGUUUUGAUGUCGCCUCCCUGCGGGGGGAAAAAAACUGUCCCUUUGUGCCGGGUCCCCUCGGUUCUGAUUCUGCCAUUUUUCUAUCCUUCAUCACAACUUGACGCUGUUGCCUCUGAUGUAGAAAGGUGGUAGCCUGAGUGUCCACUACUGUAUACACUCAUUUUAACCUCUCUGUCACUCUUUCUCUCUCUCUUUGUCUCUCUUUCUCUCUCUCUUUGUCUCUUUUUCUCUCUCUCAAAAAUUUUUAUCAACUUGAAUGAGCAUAUUUUUCCACACAUCUCCGCUUUCAUAAAUUGUGUGUUUAUACAGUAUAAAGUAUAUAUAUCGAUCUCUAUAUUCCCUUUUGACAUUUUAACAAUUUCAGGAGCUUGGUUGUACAACCUACUAGACGGAAAAAUUUUAUCUUUUUUCACUUUGUUUUGUUUGUUGAUUUCUCUGGUGUCGUCGUACAAAGUACAAAGUUUGUUCUUGCACCCGUAUUUAAGUCAGCGGUCGCUUGGAAGGUAGUAUGGGACUUCUCAAUAUUUACGAAGCCUCUCUCUUCUCUGUUUGGGCCCUAGCUUUUCCUCACAAUCCAACUUUCCUUGACAAAUAUUUUCAAUCCAGUUUGUUAAAUCAAAUCAGCCAAGAUGGUGCCUACAGGACAUUUUCUAUGAAGAGUGCACCACUUAAGAAGUGGCAACGUCAUGAUCGCUGGAUGCAAUCUGUGUAAAUAUCUCCAGUAAAAUUUCAUCAGCUUCAGUGAAAUGUUUGAUUUCCUAUAGCGCUUGUUUUACAAUGCAGGAUUAUCACACAUGACCACCUACGACACGUCAUGCACAUUUAUAAGAAAUCAAACACCAAGCCAUAAUUUGUAAAACAGACAAAUGUUGUUCCUGUUCUUUAUUUUUUGCCACUUAACAUUCUCCAAAGGUUUUACUGUUACUGGUCACCGAGUCAGGUAAACGUUUGAAGAGAUCACAGAGCAUGUUGUUGGUUUGUGCAACAAAAUCUCUUUUGUAAACAUUCAUAUCGAAUAUGCAAACGUUCCCCUAGGUGGCAGACCAGCUGGUUAUAGUUGGCAACCUAAAUGAACUCUUUUCUUUAAACCCAAUACUAGAUCUGGACUCCAGCACCCUCAGAAACUGCAUCAGACAUCAGACUGCUUGGCUCUACUCUACUCUUCUCUCCCUGCAUUUUAGCACAGACACAUCACGCUCUGAUUAGCUACUCCGGUCCGUUUGACCAAUCUCUGAUUGGACGGUCUAUUUUGUCAUUGUUCUGAUUGGUCCAGUGGAGGAACCUGAACUGUGCAGGAGCUUUAAAGCGAGCGCGGAGAUUGACGCCAUGCACUGAGAGUUUAACAAUGCGUGUAUGGUGGAUGGUAGCGACACAGAGGUCCAUCGUGUUCUACCAUCUCAGGUCCUGAAAGAGACGCUGCGUGGUUGCAUCAUGUAUAAUGUACAUACAAGUGUAUAUAAUUUCCCUCAUCCACUCUCUGUCUGUCUUAUAAUUCUUUAGUCGUUUCUUUCUUUCAUCUUAUUUGAGAGACUGCUGUUGCCUAUAUUUUCAGGAUGUGUGUGUAUGUGUGUGUGAGAUCAGCUUUUCUUCUGUUUAUUUCCUCCCCAGACCAAGUGCACUGUAAUAAUCUUCAAAAAGACAAAAAAAAAACAAAACUUUUAAUUGUUUUUGUCACUUUAGUCCAUAUUUUGUUGCAAUGAAAUGGUUUUGAAAUUUUUUUUAUUAUUAUUUUAUUUUUUUCCCAUUUUGCUGCAUGUACAUGUUGCAUUAGCAGAUGUUUUCAUUUUGUAAUUUCAUUUCGAUUUGCUUAAACCAGAUCAGCGACAGGAAGAAGGUGUGUGUGUGUUAUUACAGACCAAGAACUUCAACAGAGUGCUAUAUGCAGCGGAAAUGUAAUUAGUUGCCGUUAUAACUGAGAAGCCAAUACGCUGUAUGAGAGCGUGAACUGAACAAUGUAAUGGUUAGAAUCCAGUGAAUCGGCUCAGUAAAUACAAAAUUCUGCCGGAACGGUUCUGCUGUGUAAAGUGGACCACAUCUGAGUGAGCGAGAUCUACAUAUCGUGAUGAGAUUCCCAACCAUUUGGUUGUUGGACGCAUAAAAAAAAAAAGGUUCAUGUUUCAGUUUCAUUUUUUUUUGUUGUUGUAUUUAAAAAGUAGGGUCAAGUCUUUCUGUUGUCACUCAAUGCUUUCAUUGGUUUGUCUCCUGUCACUACCCCUCGAACUCAUUCAUUUUUUUCUGCAAUUUCUAUAAAAAACAAAAAAAAAAAGCUUUCUCUCAUUUUGAAUUGUGACUGAGUCUUAAUGUGGUGAUGAAUGGGAGGUCUACCACUGCAGUCCCCUCCUGGGUGCAGUCAUGUACAGAAAUUUCCCAUAAUUCCUGGAGUUUUUUGCAGAUCGAACUGCUGCCUUUAUUUUCCUCCUGUGUGUGUUUUAACUGCUUUUACAGCUGGGUCGCUGCUGCUGCUGCUCUGUGGCUGUUGUAAUGACAAUACAAGACCUUGAACAGGAAAAUAAGUCAGCUACGAUGUGAAAUCAUUUCAAUCAGAAUAAACUGUCUGUGAAUAUGUUUCAAAUGCAAA